GCUCCGCGCAGAUUUCCGUGACGAUUGUGAGAUUUGCUCAUUCAUGCUUCUCAUUCAUUCACAAAUUUUUUGCACGUCGGAGAAACGGAUGUUUUGAAUUUUUCGUUCUGAACCUGAACAAACUAGGACUCCAAAAUCAGUUACCUGAUUUCGUUAUCCGUUUCGUUUGAUUGUUUUAAUUUGUUAUAAUUCGAGCGUGAGUUCCAGACUGGUUUAAAUCGUUGUGAAACAUGGAAUCAACCAGCAGCGGUCGCACUCUGCGCAGCAAACACAAGCAGCCAGCAUCGGAGCCCACCACACUGACUCCCAGCAGCAGCGACUCCGACAUCCAAGAGAUCCCUGCGGAGUCUUCCACCACACGCCCUAAACGGCGUACCAAGAAAUUCCUCUUCUCCCCCGACAAGAAAUCCAAAACGGACCACGUGCGGGCGCCCAUUCCGCAGAUCACACAGAUCCUCUCCGAAGGUGAUCAGUUUGCCGUCCUGGCCAACGACCAACCCGUUGUGGAUUUACGCGCGCAGUUUCGUGACCAGAAAGCCCGAAAGGCUGGCACGAAGGCCAAUUCUGGCCUGUUUGAUAGUCUUCGGGACUACAAGACUGACAUGGAUGCUUAUCUGCAGAACGCUAUGGGGGGCUCCUUCCCGGGCACCAGUCGGGCUCAUUCCAAGACGUUGACAGAUAUAUUUCGCAUUCCCCCGGAGAUCUUGACGGAGGGGACUUUUGAUCAAGUGCGACAGCGGGCAUUUCUGAAAAAACGCUGGCUGAUGGUGAACAUCCAUAAUUAUACAGAGUUUGCUUGCCAGCGUCUGAUUCGUGAUUGUUUGGUGCACGAGGCCGUGAAGGAGAUCAUUCUAGAGAAUUUUGUGUUCUGGCACGCUAAUCAUGAUACCCGAGAAGGAUUGCGUUAUCGAUCUCAUUAUCAGGCCCAAUCUUUCCCGUACUUGGCCAUUAUCGAUCCCCGCACUGGCGAGAAAGUGGCUACUUACGGCGAAAUGAACGUUAUGGGAUUCUGCAAUCAGAUUUCCGAAUUUUUAGCCGAGCGACCAAGUUUUGACAAAACCGAGCCUUCCGUCGUAGUGUCUUCCAAACCCGAUCCCAUCGUCCGUCGCGAGAGUGUUAUAAUCUAUGAUCCAGAAGAAGAAGAGAUGGAACGCGCACUGAAAGCGUCGGAACAAGAAGAAAAAGCCCGCAAAGCGCGUGAUGAACAGAAGGACAAGGAACAUGGCAUGGAUGACGUCCUGGAAGGGUUUGUAAGUGAAGAGGAGGAGGAGCCGCCCGUUAAACCAGAGAAAACGAAGGAGCCCGCGGAGAAAGUGGAAAUAGUGGAGGAACCGAAAGCCAGCAUAAUGGGUGCUUGGAAAGCAUUCCUGGGCAGUGUGGAGGAUCCCGAGGUGGCAUUGAAGAUCCGCUUACCCAAUGGGACAUCCCUGGAUCUUUCCAUUCCCAAUUCCUCCAAAUUAGCGGCGAUUACGCUGUUCGUAGAGGAGAAAGGGUUUUCAGGGGAGAAGUUUGAGAUUUUGACAGGGUUUCCCAAGAGGAAUUUGUCGGAGAUGGAGCGGGAGACCGCACUGAAGGAGGCCGGAUUGGGCGGCCGCGAGAUGUUAAUUGUGCAGGCCAAGGAUUGAGGUUGGUCGUUUUGCGCCGAUUGAUUCUCAUAUUUUUGCCGUUUCCGGGUGCCACGGGAGCCUCUGUAGUUGUUUAGGCUACCGUACCGCGUUUGUUUAACCGUUUUAUGCGUUUAUAUUCACUGAACCAUCGAAUUUUUUCCGAAUGUAGGUUUCGUUGUGUAAUGUGUGGGAAUAUUGGGUGCUGGAUUACGACUUUUUUGGUUCUUGGUAUUUUGUGACUCAGGUUGGAUGUGCAUGUCCUCGAUUUAUGGUUGCAUAAAUUCUGAAUUAUUGAU